CACAAAAUUGUAGUAGAAUUAACAUGGAAGAGAAAAGUGAUUAUUCUUGUCCUCAUCAUCCUUGUGCAGCGUGCAAGAUCCUUCGUCGGAGAUGUGUGGAGAAAUGUGUGUUGGCACCUUACUUUCCCCCUACUGACCCACUCAAGUUCACCAUUGCUCAUAGAGUCUUUGGUGCUAGCAACAUUAUCAAAAUGCUACAGGAGCUUCCGGAGGAUCAAAGAGCAGAUGCAGUGAAUAGCAUAGUGUAUGAGGCGAAUGCAAGGAUUAGAGAUCCAGUAUAUGGUUGCGCCGCGAUAAUUUGUCAGCUUCAAAAACAAAUAAGUGAGCUUCAAGCAGAUCUUGUCAAGGCUCAAGUAGAGAUUAUGAAUGUUCAGACACAAAAUACCAAUUUGGUGGCAUUAAUUUGCACAGAAAUGACACAAAAUCAAGAAAAUAUUAAUAGCACUACUGAGUCUCCUGGUCAUCAACAAGCUUAUGGAAAUUCCAACACUUCUUUGGAAGAUAACAAUGUAUAUGCACCUUGGAAAUCACUUUGGACAUGAUUA